GCCACGCUCAAGUGAGCUAGACCUUCUAGCAUUCAGGAGGGACUGAGCCAUACCAGCAACAUGAACUAAAGUUGUUGUGCUUUCGGAAUGGAGCCCCCAGAGAAAUAUGAAACCCGACCUCCAAAACGAAGGCGUCUAUCUCCUCCAGAAUCUGGCCCAUAUGUCCUUCGCAAGGUACUGGAAAAUAUUCCUCUGACUACAGAAGAUGGCAAUGACCAGGUUUCCAUAACCUGUGUGGAAUACUGGAGCAACAGUUUGUACAUUGGGACAUCUGCAGCGGAGGUCCUUCAUCUAGUGUCUAUACCGCCAGAUAACGAGAAUGACGAUGUAUCUCCCACCUUCAUCCUUGCCUCCCGAUUACAGCCUAGAGGGCAUGCAGUGUCCGCAGGCUCGACCAAUGCACCCGGUGUCCAGCAAAUCCUUGUUCUCCCGGGCCCGCUGAAGGCUUGCGUCCUGUGCAAUGGUGUUGUGUCCUUCUACUCCUUACCAGAAUUCACUCCAGCAUUCCCAAACAGAGAGCCAACAGGCGUACAGUGGAUUGGUGGGAUAGACGAGAAUGAAGGUAGAGAUAACCCUGAGGGACCGGUGGUCAUGAUUGCAACGGCGAAACGGAUCCUGCUUGUGCGUGUAGGCGAGAGGCUCAGAGCUAUCAAGAAUAAUAUCGAAUAUCCACGUUGCUUGAGAUCGAGUAGGAGGGAGACCAUUGCAUGUGUUGCGGACGAUGAGAGUUAUGCUUUGGUGGAGGUAGAACAUCAGCAGAAGAUACCAUUGUUUCCCAUAUCUUCGCUCCCACCAGCCGAUGAUGAGGCUCCCGGCGACGCCGGUAGGCCUCCGUCUGAAGUCAGCAGUCACGGCAGGAGCACAAGUAUGGGAACUCUGAUCGGGUCAGACAGUAGGAAGCGUGAUACUUCUCAGGAUUCUCGACUGAAGCCUCCAGAUCCUAGCGUUACUGGUUCCGGAAGAGCACCCUCCCCAGGUGCAACGAUGGACGACUCAGGCGGCGGGCAAGAAGAGAAUGAACGCUCGAAAAGUAGACCUCGAGCAUCAACCGAAGUGCUUCCAGGCAAGCCAACCACUAGUGCACUACAGGCUCGGACUCGCCUCAAACCGCACAUACUUUCACCAUUUCCAGCAGAAUUCAUGUUGACCACUGGAACAGGAGAGGCUGAGCCUGGUGUUGGUAUGUUCGUCAACUUGGAUGGUGAUGUGGUUCGUGGAACGAUUGAAUUCGAGACCUACCCAGAAGAUUUGCUUGUCGACAAUUUCUGGGUGCCUGAGAAAGAUGGGCCUCCUAUGUCUGAGGAGGAACAUAAGAUUAUCGUCGCCCUCUUACGACCGACUGAGCUGCACCCAGAGCGACGGCUGGAAAUACAGAAAAUAGAAAACGCGGCUGAAAUAACUCAUCCACGAACGGUGGUAGCUCUCCCCCCCGCCGUGAUCGAGUCUGCACAAGCUGGUUUGCACCAUCUCCUAAGCACUCAACAUUACUCUUUCAAGAAUGCUGGUGAGCUUUUGCAGCUUGUCCCAUUUUCUAUAACAGGGCCAGGACGCCUUUCCCCCGGCUUGAGCACGGACAGUGAUCCCAGAACUCAAUCAGCUGUCGAACAGCUUGAGCAAGAACGGGCGCUCUUCGACAGCCACUCUACCAACACUCCCGCAGAGCCGUCUUUGGAAUUGAUCAACAGACGUGCAGCGGAAGAAGCCAAGCUUGCUCGUCGAUUCAGCCAAGCAUUUACUAGAAAUGUCGUUUGGCAUGAUCGGGACUUGUAUAUGAUCCUACAAAAUCCCCUAAUUGCUCAACUUGAGCAUCGAUUGAUGCAAUACUUGAGUGACGAUAGUUUGGCAAAAGUCAAGCCAAGCCAGGUGUUUGGCUUCCUAGCCACUAUUCAUGGUCGCGAGCCCAAAGAUGAAACUGAAUUUCUGACCUUGAACUAUAUCAGACAAAAAGCUAGCCUAAUACUGCUUCUGCACCUACAAACUCAGCUUUCGACUGAAUCUGGACUGGAGGAUACUUAUAGAGCGGUGGAGAACACGCUACACGACGGCGGCCUGGAUCCGCGAAUCGUCUUACUCCUGGCGCCUCCUCUAGCAUCUGAGGUGCUUUACGGUCCAGAAGGUAUCUGGAUCUAUCAGGGCAUGGCGGAACUCCUCGACAACUUCCAAACACCAAUCUUGGGGUUCGAGGAUACACCUACGGACUUUUGGAUGAUGAUGCGGCAUUUUCUUAUGCUAUGGCAAGAAAAGCGAGGAUAUGGAAGCAUAACGGAUGAGAAAUACGUCUUCGAUUCCGUUGAUGCCGCCCUGCUUCAUGUGUUGCUAUACCUUGAUCAAGCACUACCACCAAACAGUCCGGCCCAAAAGUCAGUUAAAGCCAACCUCAACAAUGUCGUUGAUCACUGGAAGGGCGACUUUGACCGAGCAAUUCUACUCCUAGAAAGGUACGAUCGACUAUUUGUUCUUAGCCGUCUGUACCAGUGUAGGAAACAGGCGCGUGAUGUCCUAGGCACGUGGAGACGGAUCAUCGAAGGAGAAAAAGAUGUCGAUUACAGCUCGAACACGACACCUGUACAGGCUCAACUGCGACGGUACCUGAUCCUCAUUCGAGAUGCCAGCCUAGUUCAAGAGUACGCCAUAUGGCUCGCCCAACGUAAUCCUCCUAUGGCAGUACAGAUUUUCACCGACGACACCGCCAAGGUCAAAUUCAACCCUCAACAGGUCGUCCCCCUCCUGAAAGAGCAUGCACCUGGGGCUGUCCAGGAAUAUCUCGAACACCUGGUAUUUGGCAAGGGUCUCGACAAAUACGCAGACGAUCUCAUUGGAUACUAUCUCGACUCGGUGCUGACCGUUCUCGAGAAAUCAGAAGCCGCAAGGGCGUCAUUGGCGGAGAGUUACUCGUCAUACCGUGCCCUCGAGUCCCCGAAGCCAACAUACCUCGACUUCAUCAACCAAAACGCACCAAACGAACCGUGGUGGCAAUCCCGCCUGCGCCUGCUCCAGCUGCUCGGUAACGGCGCUUACGCGACGACGACGACGACGACCUCGGGUGCAGGCAAAGAUCUGACUUAUUCGGUCCCCAUGGUCUUGAAGCGCAUGGCGCCGUUUUCGGAGUUCCUCGUGUCGGAAUCCAUCAUCCUCGAUGCACGCCAGGGUCGACAUAAGCAAGCCCUGAAACUCCUCACGCAUGGGCUUGGUGAUUUCGACACGGCGAUACGAUAUUGCUAUUUCGGUGGCCCAGCGCCGGCUCACGCCGUCACAAUCGACAUCAGCGCCCUGCCCCCACGCGACGUCCAGGUCGAGCUGUUCAAUUUCUUGUUCCACGAGUUCCUCGCCAUUGCCGAUCCGGAGGACUGUCUCGAGCGCACGAGUCAUCUGCUCGGCAAGUUUGCGACCUUCUUCGACCCUUUGGCUAUAUUGGUCGACGUCCCCGAUACGUGGGGCGUGGAUGCCCUCGCAGAGUUCCUCGUUCGCAGUUUCCGCGCGGCGACAACGGAGCGGAACCAGGCUGUCAUCAUGAAGGCAUUGAGUGCGGCGCAGAACCUGCAGAAGCAAGCCGAGUUCAUUGACGUGUGUGAGAAGAUGGGUGCCAAAUUCGAGCGUGAAGUUUCCGGAAACCGUGGCAGGGAUGACGAGGGUGCAAUGGAUAUCGAAAUUGAUGGCGCAUGAGUCGACAUUUGAAUGGCAUUCCCAGAUCCUCGAUGUGAACCAAAGCGUUUGGACUAGUAUGUAGCUUAGGUAGGCGGGAGAGCAGCUAGAUAUCUACCCUACGUUAGGUAUAUAUUCAAAUUGUGGCAAGAUUACU